AUGGCGUCUGCCUCAUUGCCACCAACGGCAGGGCCCUAUGCAAGCAACCCGAACUUUCGCACGAUGAUGCCCGAGAGCAUGCCCGCACAAGGGCCAGGAGCCUACCCCUCCGCGUUCCACACCACACUCCCAGACUCCAUGCCUUCACCAGGGCACCGCGGGCCCACCAGCUUCCACUCGCAGGGGUCCAACCCCAACUUCGCUUCCCAGGGUCCCUCGCUUCCUGGCGGCCCAAGCUUUAGCUCCAGGGGCCCGCCUUCGCCCGGCGGCAUGGCCUCCGGCCACAUGGCCUCCGGCAACAUGGCCUCCGGCCACAUGGCCUCCGGCCACAUGGCCUCCCAGGGUGCCUUCCCCGGCAUGGCACCACCAUUUCAGACCAUGCCUCCUCAAAACCCCAUGGAAGGCCCUUUCGGGUCUUUGGGGGUUGCAAGCGCCAUGUCGAGCAUGCCGCCGGGUGCAGACGACGUGCUGCCUAAGGAGUGCAUGGUGGUGGUGUCCAAGCUUCUGGAUGUGCCGGUUGAGACCGGACUCUUCGGAGCUGGGGCCAAGACGUACUUCCUGCGUGUCCUGGAUCACAAGAGCAGAGAGCUCAAAUGCAGUGACGACAUACAAGGCAUGGACGACUUCAAUCUGGGCGAUGCCCCAUCCCAGACUUUCGCCAUCCCCCCGAGUCUGGGCUCAGUCAGGGCGAAGACGAGCUCUCGGACUAUCCAUGUGGAGGUAUCCUUCUCCGGCAUGAUGGGAGGAAGCAUCAUUGGGGCUUGCCAGAUCAACCGGCUGGACCCGCGCUCAAAGCAGGCUUGGCCCUACGAGGUAUGCAGAGACGGCGAUGUGAUUUGCGGGAUCGAAUUGCGAAUUGAGGAGGACCCAGAUGCGAGCCAGCUGGGAGUGCCGGAUGCGGCGGACGCGCCCGUCAAGGCGGCGAACGGGUCCAUACUGGACUCCAUUGGCCUUGGCAGGCUGACUGGAUCGCAGUAUUUGACGGACAAUGAGUUAGACGAUGUCCAUCACGGGGUCAGCUGCAUGCUGGAGCUGCAUGGCGCCAAGGACUUGCCGGCCCCACGCUCGAAAGGCAUGAAGGACGUGGUGGUCACUGUCCUAACUGAUUCGGGCCGGGAGCUGCGCAGGCUUGGCCUAUUUGAGUCGCAGGAACAGAUCGGCCGCCAGCUUACUUCAGUCGACAUGCAGCACACGCGCACCUUUGUCCAGGCUCCGCUUCGCUUCGGGGGCGAUGCUCAGGAGGGCACGCAGUACAUCAAGGUUGCCCUGUCCUAUGGAAAGAGAUCGGGUACGGCCACCACAGCAGAGCUCAUCGGAGCCACAGAUGCGAUCAAAGUGUCUUGGAAGCCCACGGUGAAGCAGUACAAGGAGAUCAAGAAUCCGGAGGGGCGCGUACUUGGCGGCAUCUACCUCUCUCACCGACUUGUGACAGAGGCCGAAUCCUUGGGUGAGCGCCCGGACGAGGAUGCCAUGAAGUUGGGACGCCGCCCCCAGGCAGGGCCACCGCUGGAGUUAGAGCAUCGCGUGUCCGGCCGCACGGGCAACUUCCCUUCUGGAUCCCCAGAGGAGGCACUGGAGCAGGCUGUUAUCAAUGCAGAGGCCCAGAACCGCGCCCUGCUUCAGAGGCUGAAGAAGGAAGAUCAGCACAGCAGCCACGACUUCCCGGGCAUGCGCGAGGUGAACGGCUGGCGCGAGUGGGACAGCCUGGAUGCAGUCUUCCAGAGCAUGGGGCCGAAUCCGUUGGUUCUCUCGGAGGAUCUGGGUCCACAAGUGUCCCGCGGAUACCAGCACACAAUGAGCGUGGCUAGGGAUGUCGCGAAGCAUCUGCCCGCGGCCAAGACACCUGCCGACCAAAUGCUCAACCUGGAGAUGCUACGCAUGUUCUACAAGGACGACCCCUCCCAGGCUGACUCACUGGUGCGGCCGGUCGUCUGUAAGGAUCCGAAUGACAUCGCCAACACCCGGGAGAUGGUUUGGUGCCCGGACCCUCCUGUCUACGUGCCGAUCGCGAACAUGACGGAGCAGGACAAGGAGACCCUGAGACUGGCCUGCUAUCGACCGGAGCAGAAUGCCAACCUGCUCUUCGUAGAUGCAAACCCCAACUACAACGUCAAGCAGGACGUCUGGGGCGCCCUGCAGGAGGAGAAGAUGGGCAGGAGAAGGUUGCUGAAUGCGCCGCGGGCCCACGCCCGCGUGAAGGACGACUGCAUCAUGGCAUGA